AUGGAGCCAUUCACCUACCCGGUAGACGAAGCCAUAAUGCGGCGCAUUCUCGAGGCCGUCUCCAAGCUGCGCAACAUGUACCAGCAACCGGGCCAGACCUACGACGACUUUAUCAUGGCCUACGACGCUCUCGAGACAGAGCUUUCCGUCCGCCUCCCGGAGCUCUAUCGCGUCUGCGAUGUUCUCAUCCGACUGCUUCCCGAGCUACGGUGGCAGGUCGUUUCUCACGGCAUCCCGUCGACUAGGGAGGAUUUGGAUGCGGCGGCGAGGCGGGCGGAUGGGUUGGCUGAGGAUUUUGGGUUCAUGAGGUCGAUGGCAUCUUGA